AUGUCUCAGGGUACUCUUUUCGUUACUGCUUUGGGCAGAGGCAACUUGCCUCCAGCCUUGGCCAAAUACUUGCAAUUGGAUGUCGAAGUUACUGAUGUCGCCAAGGACAUGGAAUCCUUCAAGAAGGAGUUCCCAUUGGGUUUGAUUCCAGCUUUCAAGAACUCAGAAGGGUUCAAGUUGACUGAAGUCAUCGCUAUUCUAUAUUACCUCCUUGAAUUGAAAGGUGAUGAAGAAAUCACACAAGCUUUGGCAGGUGCCACUGCUCAAGAAAGAGCUCAAGUCUUGAGAUACCUCUCCCUCGUCAACUGCGACAUUGCUCCAGCUUUCCAGGAUUACGCCUUUUUGCAAUUCGGCAAGGUCCCAUACAACAAGAAGAUCAGCGAAGAGAAGAAGGCUGCUUUGGACAAGUUUUUGGGUCUUUUGAACGAAAGACUACAGGAAUACACCUACGUGGCCACCGAGUCUGUAACCCUAGCUGACUUGUUCCUAGCUUCCUUUUACGGUUUCGGCCGCACCAUCCUUUUCGGUGCUGAACUCGAAACCAAGUUCCCAGCUUUGGCCAGAUGGUACUACACCGUCGAAGCCCACCCAGUGCUAAGCGGCUUGUUCGACAAGUCCAAGUUCUUGGAGAAAUCCGUUGUCUUCCAGCCACCAAAGAAGGAAAAGAAGGCCGAGAAGCCUAAGGCCGCUGAAAAGCCAAAGGCUGCUGAAAAGCCAAAGGCCGAGGAACAACCAGCCGAGCAAAAGAAGCCUAAGCACCCUCUAGAGCUUCUAGGUAAGGCCACCUUCCCCUUAGACGACUGGAAGCGUAAGUACUCCAACGAAGACACCAGACCCGUUGCCUUGCCUUGGUUCUGGGAGCACUACAACCCAGAAGAGUACUCCAUCUGGAAGGUUGACUUCAAGUACAACGACGAGUUGACCUUGACCUUCAUGUCCAACAACCAAAUUGGUGGUUUCUUCAACAGAUUGAGUGGCUCCGUCAAAUAUAUGUUCGGUUCUAUGGUCGUUUACGGUGAGAACGGUAACAAUGGUAUCACUGGUGCCGUCAUGCUCAGGGGCCAAGACUCCGUCCCAGCCUUUGAAGUCGCUCCAGACUGGGAAUCCUACGACUUCACCAAGUUGGACACCACCAAGGAAGAAGACAAGGAAUUCAUCAACAACAUGUGGGCCUGGGACAAGCCAGUUAUCGCCGAUGGUCAACCAAGAGAAAUCGCCGACGGUAAGGUGUUGAAAUAG